AAGGGAGAAAUCCAAAAUUUACCUUAAAUCGGUUAUAUCAAAUUUAACCAACCAAUUUUUACCUUUUUUCUUUUUUUUUAACGGCGAUAUUAAUCCAAUUCAACCCUACUCAGCCGCCAGCACCGCCACCUCUCCCGAUCUUCUUUCUCCUUCGACGAUCGUUAGUGACCACAAGCACAGCGCGCGACGGUGCGUUACCAUUUCGUUCUCCCGCUCGAGUAGCAACCACAUACGGAGGCGGCGUGUGCGGUGGUUUCGGCAGGUUCGAGCGUCUGUAAUUAUUGCGCCUCGUCGGCAGUUCGAAUCCCGGUGACACCUUAAACAACGACCCAAGCGUGUAGACGGCGUCUGCUACACUCAUCUCCGGCUAGCCUUAAGCAACGACGGCGACAGCAAGCUACGUGAACGACGCGUCCCUCGCCGUUUCGCGCUGCUACCCCCCUCUCGUUGCGGCGGCGCGAUUUCAACGACGGCGAGUCCAUACUCGCGAUAAGCUAAGAACAACAUUUGAUGAUUAUCCACAAACCGAAGACUUCACAUUUGGUAAGUGGCGUCUUUCUGUAACUCUGCAGCUUGCAAAUCAUAUACAUGAAAAGCAGGGAUCAGUUAGUGAAGCUGUUUGAAAAAUUGCACUGCAUGGAAAAUACACCUCUCUCGUGCAAGCACAUAAGGUGUUCGAAGAAACGCCGAGCAAAACAGUACACCUCUGGAAUGCUAUUCUUAGAAGCUACUGCAAAGAGAAACAAUGGGGACAGACUUUAUAUCUCUUUAAUGACAUGGUAUCUCAUGGAAUUUCAAAUGGGAAACCUGAUAAUUUCACCAUUCCUAUAGUUUUAAAGGCCUGCGCAGGGUUGCAGGCACUUAAAUUUGGAAAGACAGUUCAUGGGUUCAUCAAGAAAAAUGAGAAAACUGACCUUGACAUGUUUGUUGGGGCUGCAUUGAUCGAACUGUACUCGAAAUGUGGAAAAAUGCACGAGGCACUUCAAGUUUUCUUGGAAUUUCCUCAACCAGAUGUAGUUUUAUGGACUUCAAUGAUCACAGGAUAUGAGCAGAAUGGAAAUCCUAAGAAGUCAGUUGAUUUCUUCUCUCAAAUGGUGAUGAUCGAGCAUGUAAAUCCCGACCCCGUCACGCUUGUCAGCUUAGCAUCGGCUUGUACUCAACUGUCGAAUUCGAAGCUCGGAAGUAGCAUACAUGGCUUUAUAACUAGACGAAACCUGGAUUAUGGCUUAUCCUUGGCGAACUCGUUGUUGAACCUAUAUGUGAAGACGGGGUCUGUAAAAGCUGCAGCCAAUUUGUUCGAGAAAAUGCCGAUAAAAGAUGUGAUUUCAUGGAGCUCCUUAAUUGCUUGUUAUGCUCACAAUGGCGCAGCAGCUGAAGCACUAAACCUGUUCAACAAGAUGAUUGAUCAGAAAAUCAAAUUCAAUUCAGUCACAGUGAUUGGUGCAUUACAAGCAUGUGCAGUUGAAUGUAACUUAGAAGAGGGAAAGAAGAUCCACGAACUUGUUAUCAGGAAAGGUUUGGAGUUGGAUAUUUCAGUUUCCACAGCUCUAAUUGAUAUGUACAUGAAGUGUUUUUCACCUGAAGAAGCCCUUGUGGUGUUUGAAAAAAUGCCCAAAAAAGAUGUGGUUUCUUGGGCUACCUUACUGAGUGGAUAUUCCGUGAAUGGAAUGUCCUCCAAAUCAAUGGGAACCUUCAAUACGAUGCUGUUGAACAACAUAAAACCUGAUGCCGUUGCCAUAGUGAAAAUUCUUGCUUCUUGUUCAGAUUUGGGCAUUCUCCAACAAGCACUUUGCCUCCAUGACUAUGUUGUUAAAAGUGGCUUCACCGAUAACGUUUUCGUAGGAGCUUCGCUUAUAGAGCUGUAUUCAAAAUGUGGCAGCACAGUCAACGCCAUGAAAGUAUUUGAAGAAAUGAAAGUAAAAGACAUUGUUACCUGGUCUGCGAUCAUUGCAGGUUAUGGAAUCCAGGGACAAGGAAGAGAAGCUUUGAAACUGUUCGACAAAAUGAGAGAGACAUCAGAAGUUAUGGCUAAUGAAGUAACAUUUCUCUCAUUGUUAUCUGCUUGUAGCCAUGCCGGUUUGAUUGAAGAAGGGAUCAAGAUAUUCAACAUGAUGUUGAAUGAAUACAGAAUAGAACCCAACAUGGAGCAUUACGGCAUCAUUGUCGAUCUUCUUGGUCGAACAGGAGAACUCAACAGGGCGCUGAACUUCGUUCAGAAAAUGCCAAUUCCGGCAGGGCCCCAUGUCUGGGGUGCCCUGUUAGGUGCCGCUUGUAUUCAUCACAAAUCUGACUUGGGAGAGAUUGCAGCAAACAAUCUCUUCAAAUUAGAUCCUAAUCAUGCUGGGUACUACAUACUGCUAUCUAACAUUUAUGCUGUGGAGAAUAAUUGGGAGAAUGUGGGAAAACUUAGGAAUAUGAUAAAGGAAAAGGGUUUGAAGAAGAUUCUUGGGCAAAGUGUGAUUGAAGCAGGAAGUGAGGUUCAUAGUUUUGUAGCUGAUGACAGAUUACACCCAAAAUCUGACCAGAUUUAUAGGUUGCUAAGAAAUUUGAAUGUUAAUAUGAGAGAUGAAGGUUAUAGCUCUAAUUCAAAAACCUAUUUGCAGGGCAUUGAGGAAAUUGUAUAGUAAACAUUCUAUUGUAGGGCAUGUAAGUUGAAGAAACUACUCGAAUUGAGAGCU